AACGUUAGAUGAUCACUAAAACCUCUACUAAUUCUGGAGUCACCAAGUUGCCAAAGCUGCUUGGUAAAAGGGAUACUCCAGACCUUGAACUCAAAGAAAAGACUUUUGACAAGAUAAAGUCCAAACUUACUCAAAAUGAUCAGUUUAAACACAGAGCUAAAAUCUUGAAGGAAAUUUCAGAAGAACUUAUAACUGAGAAGACAAUUCAAAGUUCCCAUAAUGGAGAGAAUAAGGUACUUUACAGGAAGAAUAUCCACAGCAAAGAUUAUCGAGACAAGAUAAUCAAGAAGAAACAGUCUCUACAGAGGAAAAAGAGGGAGAAUAGCUGUAAAGAGAAUGGAACCAUCCACUGGACAUCAUUCAAUUUUCCUCCAAAGAAGACCAAGAAAUUAACAGAUAUCCUCAACAUUUCUGAUUCUGAAGGUCCUGUGGAGGAGAACCUCAAAAGUAUCGAGGCUAUUAAGCAGAUUUACAACAAGGCAACGGAUUUAGGAGUCAUGGAUAAGCCUAAACCUAAACAAUAUUUUUUCCAUACCGAUGAGCAACAACAGAAUGCUGAGAUGGAGAUAUUAAAAGAACCUGAAAGCGUUAAGAGAUUUAAUUCGAUAAUUAAGACUAAAAAGAUAAAGAGCAAGAAAGUUCUUUGUAAAAUUCAGAACCUGAAGGUCCAGAGUAUCUCAAGUGAUUAUAGAAGUAACUCAAGAUUUGAUCAUUAUUCUGUCAAUAAUCUCAAAACUGAAAAUAAAGCAACUGACAUCUUGGCUCAAAAUUUCAAAAGAACAAUGAACAUGUCCGUUGAUGAUUACAAGACAUGCGUGAAACCAAGAGUAGAUGUCGGAAGAAAGUCAUGUAAUCAAUUUAGUAUAAGAGUUGCUAGAAGAGAGACAGGAAAAAUCCGUAACAAAUCCGUCUCAAAUUCUCUGAACAAAUCCGUUGAUACUCCAAUGGAUAGCGAAAAUUUGCAAUCUUUUAUAUCAAGAAGAAACAAUAGGUUCUUAAAUAAAUUCUCUACGCCAGGGCCAAAGAAUCCUGAUUACAGUACUGGAAGAUCAAUUGGUCACUCUGCUAGCAUGAAUAAGCUGCAAAGAUCUCAGUCAAGCAGAAAGAUUAGGUUCUUCAACAGGCAGAAAUCUGUAGACAGAAUGAAUAAGCGCAAGAUUAAAAUCGAGAAGCAGAUUUUGACAAACCAGCAAAGAAUGGCCCUCCAAAAAUGCGAAGAAGCGCUAUGCGAAAUUGGUCUAGAAUGCUUUGGAAUCCUUCCUGGUAAAAUAGUCUCAGAGCUUUAUCAUUCAAAGUGCAAGGACCUAAAGAUAGACCCUACAGAGAAACAAUUCAGAAGGUUCCUUGACUUUUGCAGAACUUCAAUGAAAGGUCGAUCUAUCAAACUUAGAGAUUGUGGGUUUGGGACUCAAUCAUGCAAGAUCUUCUCAGAUAUUUUGAAGAAUUAUGAUAUCUCAAAACUGGACCUCAGACAAAACAUUAUUGGGAAUAAAGGUGUUAAGGAACUUUGCAAAGGAAUUAAGGCUAGUGACACUCUUAUUCAUAUUGACCUCGGAAGUAAUGACAUCACUAAUGAUGGAGCUAAUCAUUUAUUCAAUGCUAUUAUGAAUCAUCAAAAUUUGUAUUCGUUCAACCUCGCCAAUGUAGAUGGUCUCCAUAGAAACAGACUAGGUCUUAAUGGUUGUAAAGGGAUCAAUAAGCUGCUUAAAAAUAAUAAAGUUCUAGCCAUGAUUGAUAUUGCAGAUAACUCUAUCGGAAAUGAAGGAAUUAGACAUAUGCUAGAAGGAGUUGAUCCACACGAGUCAAACCUUGUUUUCAUAAAUCUUUCAAACAAUGGACUCUCCCAAGGAUGCAUUAAUGAACUUGCAAAUCUUUUAAACAGUAGCAGUCUUAAAGAAAUUAGACUUUCAGAAAACUUACUGAAUGACUCGAGCGCUCAAGAAUUAGCAUACUUCUUUUAUAGAGGGAAAUGAAAGUUAGCAAAACUUGACUUAUCAGAUAACCACCUGACAUCAAACGGUGUAUCUAUCCUUUCCCAUGCUUUAAAACUAAACCCAUAUCUGUCUCAUCUAAACCUUGAGAAUAAUGAGUUGUUCAAAGGUGAGGAAUUUUCCAAAAUAACGAUUCUCUUAAAAUGCAACAAAGUCCUUAAAUCUAUUAACCUCUCCAAAUGUGGCCUUGGACCCAAAGAAGCGGAAGAUAUUGCAGCUGGGCUUUCUGAAAAUAGAGGCCUUUUAUCACUAAAUCUCUCUAAGAACAAAAUUUUGAGCUCAGGUGCAAAAAGCAUAUUUGAAGCUCUCGAAUCAGAAAGCUCGGGACUCCAAAGCCUUGAUCUUUCCUCCAACACCAUUGAGAGUGAGGCUGUUCCAUCCUUAAUCAAAACUCUUGAAGAUAAUAUAUCUCUUCAGCGUUUGAACCUAUACAACAACAUGAUCACUGAAGAUGUGGGGCGGAGUCUUUCCAUCGCAGUCAAGAACAACCAAAACAUCAAAAGUCUCAAUUUGGCUUUCAACACGCUUGACAAGCAAGACAUGAGAGCUAUAAAGGAGUACUGCAAGCGGAACAUUCAGAACUCUGAAAAACUUGGGCUCCCAGCCAUCAGAGAUGAGCUGGUUCAUCUUAUGCAGACAGAUGAAGGAAUCACUGUCACUGAGCAGCAAAUCCUUGACUGCGUCAAACGCUCAAAAGGAGAGCGCUUCUCACUUGAGAAGGAGUUCAUACGCGGUCAGGACAACUUCGAACUGAUGAAGGAAAAUCAAAAGAAGAAGCACAUCCAACUCCUACAAAGUAAAUCUGAUGUUGAGGAGAAAAUAGAUGAGCUAGAAAUUACUUAUGAAAGACUAAAUCGUGAUGGAGUUAUCAUUGCUAAAUAAAUUUCAAGAGAAGGAAGAAGAUAUGAAGUUCAAAGUAAAUUUGACUGAAUCACUACAGAAUUCUCUGAAAGGCCAGAUCCAGAAAUGUAUUGACCAAGUGGAUGUGAAGAAGAAGGAUAUUCAAGGUAUUCUUUAUCAGUACAAAAGAGAACUGGAGAGAACCCAGAAAAUGAUGCUUAUGAAAAAGUUAGUGCAUGAUAAUUUACAAGAAGAUGUCACUAAGAUGAAGGAGGAAAUCGAACAAAUCAAAAUUAACAAAGAACAGAUUAAAUCGAUCUCCACUCUUAGAAGAACGAAGACUAGCUAUUAUAAAUCAUGAAAGAGCAUCAAGGGGUCUCCUUGUAAAUCUUGAUCUCCAAUGAAGAAGUACAGAAGCCCUGAUAAAAAAAAGAUUUUAAAAAUAUCAAAUAAUAUUGACUAUGGAGUCAACAAAGAGUCUCAGGAGGUCACAAUGACCGAAAUUAAGCUAUUCGGUGAUAAUGGGCCAAAAGAAAUCAAAACACCCAAGAAAAAGAAGAGCAGAAAGAGGAUUUCUAUAAAAAGAAAACUCACUGUUAUAUAA